AUGGAGAGGGCCCUGGACACGUCCCAGCAGUGGCUGAACCAUCACCUGCCCCUGGGGUGUCAGCGUUGUGCCCCCCUUUCCCCCCCCUUUGCAGGCAAAGCCACCCAGGACCCCGCAGAUGUGGUCACCCUGCAGCCACCCCAGCAGGGCGCUGCGGGCUCCAUCCUGAGGGGUCCGGGGAUCCCCGAGGACACUGGCACCAGCAUCUCCUUGGUCAUGGCCACCAUCCUCCGCAGCCUGCUGGGCCCCACGGUGGGGGCAGGACAGCGCGUCCUCCAGGGCAUGGAGAGGGCCCUGGACACGUCCCAGCAGUGGCUGAACCAUCACCUGCCCCUGGGCCAGAGGCAGGAAGAGCACAGGGCUGGAGAGGGGCCGGGUUCAGACUCGGCCGGGGGGGUCCAGCCCAGACACCCCCUUCCCCUCAGCUCCCUCCCCGAGGACGUCAGGAUCCAAACCCUGGCCCUGGUGCAGCAGCUCUGGCAGGACCGGCUGGACGCCCACCACCUCCUCACCCAGCUCCAGCACAUCCUCGACCUGAUGGAGACCGUACGAGAAAGCUUGGAGGGGCCACUCCAUGAGAGCCGGGAGCCGUGGGGGCACAGGAACGUGGUGCAGGCCACCCCCUGCCCACACUUGGCCUGUCCCCGCUGCCGGGCGAGGCUGCCCAGGGGGUCUGGGACCCCCACGGUGCCACGGGUGCUGGCCGUGGGUCGGAUGCUGGUGCAGCGGGUGCAGGACACCGUGGUGCAGGCAGCGUGGGGAGCCCAGCGUGGCGUGGCCAAGCUCUGCCGUGCCAUCAGCAGUGCCAGGUCCCUGCCAGAGCUGCUGGGGACCGUGGUGGCCCGAGGACGCGAGGUGGUGGCCCAAGCUUGGGACACUCUGGUGGUUUUUGUGCUCCAGCACCUGACUUUGCUGCGGUUGGAGGGUGCCGGACGAGCAACCCCACGCAUCGCCCCACAGCACCCCCAAAAGUAAGGGUGCCCCACAUCCAACUGGGUCUGAACCCCCCCACCCCAUCCCGGGUGGCACUAA